UGGCUGCCGUGUGGGUCCGUCCUCGUCGCCCGCCAAUCUCCGAGCCUCCAUCCCGGACGUCCCACGUCAUAAAAGCAGGCUCUCGCUCCAACAUCUACACCAACCAUCCACAACCAACAUACCAGACACACAGAAUCAAAAUACCCAUCACAUCCGUCACCCCAAUCAAAAUGACCGACCCGUCCCACGAAAUCCGGCACAUCAAGCCCACCGACCUCACAACAUUCAUCCACUCCAUUCUGACCAAAAACGGUGUGUCCGACUCUCACGCCUCCAUCAUAACCUCCUGCCUAGUGCAAGCCGACCUUCGUGGCGUGGACACACACGGCAGCAACCGCAUCCCAUCCUACAUGAAACGGAUCCGCCAAAACGUCCUCUCCCCCACCGCCCAACCCACCCUCACCCAACAAACCCCCGUGGUCGCCCUUAUCGACGGGCAAAACGCCUUCGGCUUCGUCUCGGCCCACAUGGGCAUGGCGCGAGCCAUCGAAAUGGCCUCCGUCUACGGCAUCGGCCUCGUCUCCAUCAAACACUCCAACCACUUCGGCAUGUCCGCCUGGCUAGUCCAACAAGCCCUGGACGCCGGGAUGAUGUCUCUCGUCUUCACCAACUCCUCGCCCGCGCUCCCCGUCUGGGGCGGGAAAAGUAAACUCAUGGGCGUAUCCCCCAUCGCAUGCGGUGCCCCAGCCGGUACCGCCCCGCCCUUCAUCCUGGACAUGGCACCGUCCAUCGCCGCGCGGGGCAAAAUCUACAAAGCACUGCGCCGGGGCGAGAAAAUCCCAACCGACUGGGCCCUCGACGGCGAGGGCAACAUCACAGAUGACCCCGCCAGAGCCCUCGAGGGCGUGAUGCUUCCAAUGGGCGGACCGAAGGGAUCCGCGCUAGCGAUCAUGAUGGAUGUGUUUUCGGGGGUGUUAUCCGGGAGUGCGUUUGCGGGGGAGGUCACGGGCCCGUAUGAUCCCAGUAAACCGGCGGAUGUGGGUCAUUUCCUCGUGGCGAUUAAGCCGGAUCUGUUUAUGGGGUUGGAGGAGUUUAAGGAGCGGAUGGAUUAUUUGUAUCAGCGGGUGGUGGGGAGUGAGAAGAUGGGUGGGGUCGAGCGGAUUUAUUACCCGGGCGAGAUUGAGCAGAUUACCAGGAAGACGAGGGAGGUCGAGGGGAUUCCGUUGACGGUGGCGGAGAUUGAGGCGUUGAAUCGCGAGGCGGAGAUGGUGGGAGCUGAUGUCUUGAGGGUUGACUAGGUUGCAUGCAUACCUGUUGUGUGGGAGCAUGAUACUGCGGAGGCUUUGUAGAGUAGUGCAAUGGUGUGUUGAUAGCUGGACUAGCUCUGGAACGAAUUGCAUAUGUAUAGUUGCGCAGAAAUGAGAAAAGCCUAUAAAUGCGUGACAAAGGAGAAUGUCGUUGGGCUCCUAUCAACCUUUAGUGCAGAAAGCAGA